UAAUCAGUGGAUGACCCACGUGACAUAUAUGGUCCCACUUACACCAGUUGACAGUUCCUACGCUGGAGCUUUAAACGAAGAAAUGACACCGUCACCCCCAGCAACAAAUAGCGUGUGCUUAUCAGCACCAAUAGCUACCGAAGUCCCGUUCUUGAUAGAUGCGACAGUACUGACUAGGCUAAUACUCAAUCUAUGUAAAGGUGGGGCUGCACUGUGCACUGUCAAUAUAUGCACGUCGACUGCCUACCGGUAUAAGACGGGGUUCCUACCGGCUGUACGUAUCGGGUCGCAUGUCAAUAAUUGCGCUCGAUUUUCUCAGCCUCGUCCGCGUCCAUCCACGAUGCUCUCCCCCAGUUCAAUGGAGUUUAUUUCGAUGCUCAUCGUGUUUGUCAUCGGUGCCAUCCUUUUUUGGCCCCCCAAAACGCGGAAAUUCGCUCGUCGAGGCUGGGAACCAGGGUACUGGGACUUGAAAGUGUGGCCAGCCCGCGUGUAUUUCUUCUUCAAAGGCCACGAUGUCGUCGAGACGGCUUACCGCGAGGCAAAAAACGUUCCAUACAGGCUGCAGACGCUGAUCGAAGAUGUUUUGGUUUUACCGCCCGAGUAUCUUCCUGAGUUGCGUAUGCUGCCUAGUAGUAAGCUAAGCGCUUCAGAAGCCCUUGUUGUUAGUGUCUUAGGGCAAUACAGCGGUGUAGACGUCAUCCUAAAGGACCGGCAAGCGUACGAUGUUACGAGGCUCCAGCUAACAAAGAGUCUACCAAAUCUGCUCCCAGCGCUUUCCCAAAAGGCAGACCAGAUUCUUUCGGAAAGGUUUCACGCAUUGACUACAUCAGAGUAUAGUGAAGUUGAAAUCCAAGAUGUCGUCUCUGAUCUCGUCCUGCGAACUACUUUGUUAGCCUUUGUAGGCCCAGAAUUGGCAGAUAAUGCUGAGCUACAUGCGCUCAUUAAUGCACACGCCAACCUCGUCCGCGACAUCGCUGUAUGUCUUUUAUUCGUUCCUAAAUUCAUGAGGCAUUGGAUCCUGCCAAUUCUUCCACCGAGUGUCCGCAUGCGCCGUCUGCAUGAAAGAAUGCGGGGAAUCUUGUUCAAGCACCGUAGAACAACUCAGAGCGGAGAACCUUUGGAUACGCUGCUGCAGCACUUGAUCGACACAUCCAAGAUCUUGGAUGAGGAGGAUAUCGUCGCCAAGCUCUUAGUUGUCAGUGGUGCCGCGCUGCAUACGAUGACUAUGUCCACUAUUCACGCCAUUAUAGAUCUUUGCGCGUAUCCGGAUCAUACCUCAGAGCUUCGACAUGAAAUCUCGCAACAUCUACCCUCGCCAACACCACCCUGGCCCGCCGACGCUAUCGCCCGCCUUAGGCUGCUUGAUGCCUUCCUGAAGGAAUCCCAACGUUUCACUCCCCCCAAUUACUGUGCAUAUUGCCCUGGAAUCAAACCCUGA